AUGCGAGGUGAUUUAGAUGCUUUGGAACUAUUUUGUGAAAUGCCAAAACAAGGUUUUGAACCUUGUCGAGUGACGUUAGUUACUGUCUUAUCAUCGUGUGCACGAUUACGAUUACUUUUCUGUGGGAGAUCUAUUCAUGGUUUAGGGGUUAAGGUUGGUCUUGAUGUUGAUUCCUGGGUUCAGAAUUCCCUCACAGACAUGUAUGGGAAAUGCAAUGAUUUAGUUUCCGCGAGAUUUUUGUUCAAGAAGAUGUCUGACAAAUGUAUAGUUUCGUGGAAUACCAUGAUCAGUGCAUACGGUCAAAAUGGUUACUUCGACGAGGCAAUGCUUGUAUUCAAGCAAAUGCUCAAGGAAAGCGUUAGCGUCAAUUCAGUCACAAUUGUGUGCCUUUUAUCAGCUAAUAAUUCUCCUAUCGAUUCUACUCAUUCUCAUGUCAUUAAAACUGGUCUUGAUAUGGAUUCCUCUGUAAUUACUUCCCUUAUUUACAAAAGAGAUAUGGCUUCUGCAGCUCAGUGCUUUAAUGAAAUGCGAUUAGUAGAUUUAAAACCAGAUGCAGUAGUUACAGUCAGUGAACUCAUGUCUUUAAGAGCCCUAAAUGUGUUGGCCCUGCAAUCACUUUUCAUGGGUAUGGUAUUAAAAGUGGAUUCACUUCUGAUACUUUGGUGGUUAACGGGCUCAUUAGAUGUACAUCGAUCUCGACAACAUAGAAGCUGCUUUCUCUUUGUUUCAAGAUUUGCAAGAAAGGACACUGAUAAGUGGAAUAAUGCCAUGAAACUGUUUUGCCAGAUGAAAAUUGAUGGAUGCAACCCGGACCCAACCACUAUUGUAAGCUUACUGUCAGGAUGUACGCAAAUUGGGUCAUUGCACCGUGGAAGAGGAAUCCAUAGCUACAUACUUCGACACCAUCUAGAAAUGGAAGAUUUUUUUCUUACUGCUCUUAUAGACAUGUAUACAAAAUGUGGAAGCAUCGGGUAUGCAGAAAGGUUAUUUCAGUGCAUCAGAAAUCCAUGUUUGGCAACUUGGAGUAUGAUGAUCAUGGUCUAUGGUACGUGUGGUUAUCAGUUUGAAGCUAUUGAGUAUUAA